CAUAGGACUCUAUUCUUCUGUAUAAAAAAACCCAAACAACUCUUUUUCUCCAUAUUCAAGGGUUAACCAAUACACACACUCAAACUCUCACACACAUACACACAAGAACCCUAUAUAUACAAACAUAUAUAAUAUAUAUAUAUAUUUUCUGGGCUUUUCCUUAUUUAGGGCUCAAACCCACAAGACAUAUAAACCCUUAAUUCAUUUAUGUUUUAUCAAAACCAUCACUUGUUUAAUAUCUCUACAAAACUCCAUUGUAAAAGAGUGUAGAGUGCUUUAAUGGCUGGAAAUCUAAGAUCGAGCUUGCCGUCAAGAUUACGGCAGCUUAUUUCUGGUGAAGGACAUAUGGGUCCUAAUGUUAAACUUGAUUCUGAGACUCCCCCGAAAGUGAAGGCUUUCAUAGAUAAGGUGAUUCAGUGUCCAUUGCAAGACUUAGCAAUUCCUCUUUCAGGUUUCCACUGGGAAUACAACAAGGGUAAUUUUUAUCAUUGGAGGCCGCUGUUUCUUCAUUUUGACACCUACUUCAAGACAUACUUGUCUAGCAGGAAGGAUCUCCUUCUGGAAGAUACUCUAGAAGAUGAUACUCCUUUCCCUAAGCAAUCAGUUCUCCAGAUUCUUCGUGUGAUGCAAAUAAUCUUAGAGAAUUGCCACAACAAAAGUUCUUUUGAUGGCCUAGAGCAUUUCAAGCUCUUGCUUGCAUCAACAGACCCCGAAGUUCUCAUUGCAACCUUGGAGACUCUUUCAGCAUUCGUGAAAAUAAAUCCUUCAAAACUUCAUGCAAGUGGGAAACUGGUUGGAUGCGGGGCGAUAAACAGUUGUCUUUUGUCAUUAGCUCAAGGAUGGGGAAGCAAGGAAGAGGGUUUGGGCUUAUAUUCGUGUGUUAUGAUGAACGAAAGAACCCAAGAUGAAGGUCUAAGCUUGUUCCCAUCUGAUAUACAGACCGAAAAUGACAAUUCCCAAAACCGUGUAGGUUCUACCCUCUAUUUUGAGUUGCACGGUACAAACCCUCAAAGCAUGAGUGUUAUUCACAUUCUGGAUCUUCAUCUGCGCAAGGAAGAUGAUUUAUCUUUGAUGAAGUCAAUCAUUGAGCAGUACAAUGUUCCUCCUGAGCAUCGAUUUUCGUUGUUGACUAGAGUUAGAUACGCUCAUGCGUUCCGUUCUUCAAGAAUAUGCAGAUUGUACAGCAAAAUUAGCUUGCUUGCCUUUAUUGUUCUAGUUCAAGCAAGUGAUUCUCAUGAUGAAUUGGUGUCUUUUUUUGCCAACGAGCCAGAAUAUACAAAUGAGUUAAUCAGAUUAGUAAAAUCUGAAGAGACAAUACCUGGGACAAUUCGCACACUUGCAAUGCAUGCUCUUGGAUCUCAACUUGCUGCAUAUUCAUCAUCUCAUGAGAGGGCACGAAUUCUAAGUGGGUCCAGCAUGAGUUUUGCUGGUGGAAAUCGCAUGAUUCUUCUUAAUGUCCUGCAAAGGGCGAUUUCGUCUUUAAACAACACCAGCGACCCAUCAUCUGUUGCAUUUGUUGAAGCACUCCUUCAAUUUUAUUUGCUUCAUGUGAUAUCUACAUCAAGUUCCGGGAGUGUUAUACGGGGAUCAGGGAUGGUUCCGACCUUUUUACCCCUUCUAGAAAAUUCAAAUCCUUCACACAUGCAUCUUGUAUGUUUGGCUGUGAAGACGCUGCAAAAACUCAUGGACUACAGCAAUUCAGCUGUCACUCUUUUCAAGGACUUGGGAGGAGUUGACCUUUUGACCAACAGACUGCAGAUAGAAGUAGCUCGGGUGAUUGAUCUAGAAAUAGGAGACGAUAUUUUAAUGAGCAUCGGGGAGUCCUCAAACACAAACCAUAAUGUUGAUUCACUUUAUUCACAGAAACGUCUUAUUAGAGUUUUGUUGAAGGCACUUGGUUCUGCUACUUACGCUCCAUUAAAUUCAACCCGACCUCAUGGGGGUCAUGAUGUUUCUUUACCAGCCACCCUCUCUAUGAUCUUUGAAAACGUGAAUAAGUUUGGAGGGGACGUGUAUUCAGCUGCUGUUACUGUUAUGAGUGAAAUGAUUCACAAAGAUCCCACUUGUUAUGCAUCGUUGGAUGAAUCGGGUCUUCCCAAUGCUUUUCUAGCAUCAGUAAAAGCGGGAGUUCUUCCUUCUUCAAAAGCUCUUACAUGUGUUCCUAAUGGCAUUGGUGCUAUUUGUCUCAACCCUAAGGGGUUAGAAGCAGUUAAAGAAACCUCAGCAUUAAGGUUUCUGGUUGACGUUUUAACUGAUAAAAAAUAUGUGAUUCCAAUGAAUGAUGGAAUUGUGCCAUUGGCAAAUGCUGUUGAGGAGCUCUUACGUCAUGUGUCCACAUUAAGGGGUACUGGUAUGGAUAUGAUUAUUGAGAUUAUCAAUAAAAUUGCUUCAAUAGAGGAUGACAAGGGUAAAACUGGAAAAGUUAACGAGGGUAAUGCUAUGGAUAUGGACACUGAAGAUAAAGAAAAUGUAGGCCCAUGUCUAGUUGGUGCUACAGAUUCAGGGUCGGAAGGAAUAUGUGAUGAGCAGUUUAUUCAAUUAUGCAUCUUUCAUGUGAUGGUGUUAGUUCACCGAACAAUGGAGAAUGCUGAAACAUGCAGGUUAUUUGUUGAAAAAGCAGGGAUUGAGGCUUUGUUGAAGCUUUUAUUAAGACCGAGUAUCACUCAAUCAUCUGAAGGGAUGUCUAUUGCUUUGCAUAGCACCAUGGUUUUUAAAAGUUUUACUCAACAUCACUCUGCUCCUUUAGCACGGGCCUUUUGUUCAGCCCUUCGGGAAUAUCUGAAGUCAACUUUGGAUGGUUUUGGUGUUCUUUCUGGAUCGUUUCUGCUGGACCCGAAAGCAACAUCACAUUCUGGAGUUUUUUCUUCACUUUUCCUUGUCGAGUUCCUUUUGUUUCUUGCUGCUUCAAAAGACAACAGAUGGGUCACAGCUCUGCUUCAAGAAUUCGGGAAUGAUAGCAAGGAUGUUCUAGAAUCUAUUGGAAAAACUCAUCGGGAAAUAUUAUGGCAGCUUGCAUUACUUGAAGAUUCAAAGUCUGAAAUGCAGGAUGAUAAUGGUGGCUCUGGUGAUGGGUCUCGCCACUCUGAACCUAAUGCUUCAGAAUCCGAAGAGCAAAGAUUUAAUUCCUUUAGGCAGUUUCUCGAUCCGUUAAUGAGGAGACGGAUGUCGGGAUGGAGUUUUGAGUCACAGUUUUUUGAUCUGAUUACUUUGUAUCGUGACCUUUCUCACACUUCUGGUCCUCCACAGCAUCUUGGGGGGAGCAGCCACCAAUCACUGCCUUCUGGGACUUCUGAUGGCGCUAGCAGUGAUGGUGCACGGGAAGCUGACAAGCAAAGGUCACAUUAUGCUUCUUGUUGUGAUAUGAUGAAGUCGCUCUCAUUGCAUAUUACACAUUUGUUUCAAGAGCUAGGAAAGGCGAUGUUACUUCCUUCUAGAAGACGAGAUGAUAUGGUGACGGUUACUCCUGCUUCCAAAUCUGUGGCUUCUACAUUUGCCGCCAUCACAUUUGACCACAUGAACUUUGAAGGUCAUGUAAAGCCUUCUGGAUCUGUGACAUCGUGGUCACCAAAGUGUCGGUUUCUUGGUAAGGUUGUAGAUUUUAUUGAUGGAAUUUUACUAGAAAAACCUGACACCUGCAACCCUGUUCUGCUGAAUUGUUUAUAUGGUCGUGGUGUAAUUCAGUUGGUUUUGACCACUUUUGAAGCUACCAGUGAGUUGCUUUUCUCAGUCAACAGGACGCCUGCAUCUCCAAUGGAGACGGAUGAAGGAGCUCCGAAACCCUACUCAGAAGAAACUGUUUGGUCAUGGAUAGAUGGUCCAUUAGCCAGUUAUGGUAAACUUAUGGAUCAUCUAGUGACAUCAUCUUUUAUCUUGUCAUCAUUCACAAAGCAUUUUCUUACACAACCGCUUGUAACCGGAGACAUUGCAUUUCCACGUGAUGCCGAAGUAUUUGUGAAGGUACUUCAAUCUUCAAUUUUGAAAGCUGUGCUUCCUGUGUGGUCGCAUCCACUGUUCGCAGAUUGUAGUGAUGAUUUCAUUGCUACUGUUAUUUCGAUUAUUCGUCAUGUUUUUUCUGGGGUUGAAGUGAGAAGUGCAAGUAACACGGGAUCACGCCCCGUGGGCCCUCCUCCAAAUGAAACUACGAUUUCCACAAUCGUAGAAAUGGGCUUUACCAGAGCGCGAGCAGAGGAAGCGUUGAGACAAGUGGGAUCAAACAGUGUGGAAUUAGCAAUGGAGUGGCUGUUUUCACAUCCAGAAGAAGUCCCAGAGGAUGAUGAACUUGCUCGAGCACUUGCUAUGUCUCUUGGUAAUUCUGGAACCGAUGCAAAAGAUAGUACUGUUACAAAUGAAAGUAGUCAGCCGAUUGAAGAGGAAACUGUGCAGUUACCACCUGUAGAUGACUUGUUGUCUACUUGCAAGAAGCUUUUAGAAAUGAAAGAUUCUUUAGCUUUCCCAGUUCGGGAUCUCUUAUCAAUGAUUUGCUCUCAAGAUGAUGGCCGGCACCGAUCAGAUGUUAUAUCAUUUAUUCUAGAACAAGUGAAGCUUUGCAGUGCUGAUUCUGAGGGUGGAAAGAACAACAUGCUGUCAUCCCUUUUUCAUGUUCUUGCCUUGAUUCUUAAUGAGGACAAGGAUGCACGAGAAGUUGCUUCUAAAAGUGGUUUUGUGAAAGUUGCAGCUGAUCUUUUAUCUGAUUGGAAUAACCAUUCACAUGAAAACGGGACAGUGUUUGUUCCCAAAUGGGUGACAGCAGCUUUUCUUGCUGUUGACCGGCUUGCUCAGGUUGACCAAAAGUUGAAUGCUGAUAUUUCAGAAUUGCUAAAGAAAGAUGAUGGUGGUAACGAGAAGUCUAUUGUGAUAGAUGAUGAAAAGCAAAACAAGUCGCAACAAAAUUCUGGAAUAUCUUCCAAGCAUAUUGAUGUUGAUGAGCAGAAGAGAUUUGUUGAGAUAUCGUGUAGGUUCUUAGGAAAACUGCUUCCUGCCGAAACAAUUCAUGCUGUUCUUCAAUUAUGUUCAACACUAACAAGAACUCAUUCUGUUGCUGUUAGUUUCUUAGAUGCUGGUGGUUUGCCUUUACUGCUAUCUUUGCCUACAAGUAGCCUAUUUGUUGGUUUUGAUAAUGUUGCAGCAACUAUUAUUCGCCAUAUUCUUGAAGAUCCCCAAACUCUGCAACAAGCAAUGGAAAGUGAAAUCAAACAUAGUGUUGUGACAGCUUCUAAUCGACAGUCUAACGGAAGACUUACCCCCCGUAACUUUCUGUUAAAUUUGAGUUCUGUCAUUUCACGGGAUCCGGUGAUUUUUAUGCAGGCUGCGCGGGCUGUCUGCCAGAUUGAAAUGAUUGGGGAACGACCGUAUGUUGUCUUGCUGAAAGAUCGUGACAAAGAUAAAUCUAAAGAAAAAGAGAAAGACGAAAAAGAUAAACCACCAACUGCAACUGAUGGUCAGGUCACUUCGGUUAGUAUCACGAAACUUCCCGAGGCAAAUACCAAGAAUGCAAAAUCUCAUCGAAAGCCACCUCAAAGUUUUACUACUGUAAUUGAGCUACUUUUGGAGUCAGUGAUUACUUUUGUGCCUCCUUCAGAAGAAAAGUCAGCUGCGGGAGAGAGUCCUUCAGUAAUGGAUAUGGAUAUUGAUGUUAAUUUAAAUAAGGGUAAAGGUAAAGCUAUUGUAUCGGGAUCUGACGAGAAUGAAGAAAGUGGGCAGGAGUCAUCUGCAUCUUUGGCUAAAGUUGUAUUCAUAUUAAAGCUCUUAAAGGAAAUUCUUUUAAUGUAUGGUCCAUCUGUUCAUGUUCUACUACGAAAAGAUGCUGAAUUAAGUGGAAUAUUUCACCACGUUCUUUGUAUGUUCCUUCCUCAUUUGAGAAGUUCUAAACGUGAAAAAAAGGAUGCCGACUGGAGGCACAAGUUAGCAGGUCGUGCCAGCCAGUUUUUGGUGGCUUCUUGUGUACGUUCUACAGAGGCAAGAAGAAGAAUUUUUAUGGAAAUCAACAACGCUUUUACUGAUUUUGUUGAUAAUUGUAGAGGUAAUCAACCUCCUGGAAGUAGUAUUCAAGCUUUUGUUGAUCUACUUGGAGAUAUACUGGCUGCACGGUCGCCUACUGGUGCUUCAAUAUCAGGAGAAGCUUCGGUUACAUUUAUAGAUGUUGGUCUGGUGAAGUCGCUCACACAAACAUUGCAAAUGUUGGAUUUGGAUCAUGCUGAUUCGCUAAAGAUUGUACCAGGGCUUGUGAAGGUUCUGGAGUCGGUCACUAAAGAGCAUGUUCAUGCUGCUGAGGCUAAUUCUGCAAAAGUUGAUAAUAUGGCAAAACCUUCUGAUCAGGGUCAACAUGGAGAAACAGAGAAUACUGGUGAUAUAUCUCGAUCUACCGAAACUGUAUCUUUACCUAAUGCUAGCUCUGCACCUACAGAAGUUAUCGAGUCUUUUAGUACUGUUCAGACAUAUGGUGGAUCAGAAGCUGUUACAGAUGACAUGGAACAUGAUCAGGAUAUUGAUGGCGGUUAUGCUCCCCCAAGUGAAGAUGAUUACAUGCAUGAAACUUCUGAGGAGACGAGAGGUCUUGAAAAUGGUCUUGCUUCAGUGGGAAUAAGAUUUGAAAUUCAACCUGAUAUUCGUGAGAGCCUUGAUGAAGAUGAUGAGGACAUGUCAGGUGAUGAAGGAGAUGAAGUCGAUGAAGAUGAAGAUGGGGAUGAUGAUGGGCAUAAUGAUCUCGAAGACGAUGAGGUUCAUCAUUUGCCACACCCUGACACUGAUCAAGAUGAUCAUGAGAUUGAAGAUGAGUUUGACGAGGAUAUGAUUGAGGAAGAAGAUGAAGAUGACGAGGAUGAUGAUGAUGGUGGAGUUAUAUUAAGAUUGGGCGAGGGAAUGAAUGGGAUAAAUGUGUUGGAUCAUAUUGAGGUUUUUGGUAGAGACCAUAGUUUUAACAAUGAUACUCUCCAUGUGAUGCCUGUUGAAGUUUUUGGUUCCAGACGUCAAGGUCGUACUACAUCUAUUUAUAAUCUUUUGGGAAGAUCAGGUGACAGUUCUGUUCCGUCUCAGCAUCCACUUUUAUUGGAGCCUUCUGCACGUGCAGUUUCUUCCAGGCAACCAGAUACUCGUGAAGCGUAUCUUGAAAGAAAUUUGGAGCCAUCCUCAUCACGUUUGGAUUCGAUUUUCCGGUCUUUGAGAAACGGUCGUCAUGGACAGCCUAGUCAUCGUCUGAGUAUGUGGAAUGAUGACCCGCAAAGUGGUGGAUCUAAUGCAUCUAGCAUACCCUCAGGCCUUGAGGAUCUUUUGGUUUCUCAAUUGAGCCGUCCAACACCCGAGAAAAGCUCCGAUCAAGACAAGACGGUAAAAGGUCAAACAAAAGUUGAGUCUAGUCAAUCCCAAGAAUCAUCCGGAAUGGUACCUGAAAGUAUUACUGAGAACAAUGCUACAGGUGAUCACAUUGCCUCACGUGAUUCUGAAAGCAUACCAUCAGUUGAUGAACCCCAAGGGAUUAAUGAUGCAGAUGUGCCUGUUGGUCAACCUCAAUCUGUUGAUAUGCAAUUUGACCAAAAUGAUGGUGUCUCGCGUGAUGUUGAAGCUGUGAGUCAAGAAAGUAGUGGAAGUGGGGCUACAUUAGGUGAAAGCCUUCGAAGUUUAGAUGUUGAAAUUGGAAGCGCUGAUGGUCAUGAUGAUGGGGGUGAGAGGCAAGGUCAAAGGAGAACAAAUGUACCACUCAGCACCACAUCAAUAGCUGUAAGAGAUGCUUCUCUUCAUAGUGUAACUGAGGUUUCAGAGAACCCUAGUCAGGAAACAGACCAAAGUGACCCUGGUCAGGAUGCAAAUCGUGAUGGUGCUACUGGUUCUGGUUCUGCACCGAUUGACCCAGCAUUUUUGGAUGCACUUCCUGAGGAGUUACGGGCUGAAGUUCUUUCCGGUCGACAGGGGCCAGUGGCUCAACCCACUCCAAACAGCGAACCACAAAAUGAUGGAGACAUAGACCCUGAAUUUCUUGCAGCACUUCCCCCUGACAUUCGAGCUGAAGUUUUAGCACAACAGCAGGCACAAGGGGUUCACCGUGCACAAGAAUUGGAAGGUCAACCUGUGGAAAUGGAUACCGUAUCAAUAAUUGCUACAUUCCCCUCUGAAUUACGGGAAGAGGUUCUUUUAACAUCCUCUGAUGCGGUUCUUGCUAAUCUCCCACCUGCUCUUGUUGAGGAGGCAAACAUGUUGCGAGAGCGGUUUGCCCGCCGAUACAAUCGGACACUUUUUGGUAUGUUCCCAAGAAGUAGGCGGGGUGAAUCUUCUAGAAGAGGUGAAGGAGUUGGAUCUAGCAUGGAUAGAGCAGGUGGAAUCAUUGCUCGUAGGUCAGGAAGUAAGCCUGUUGAGACUGAUGGAGCUCCUUUAGUUGAUAAAGAGGAUCUUAAAGCCAUGAUUCGGUUGCUUCGUGUUGUUCAGCCACUAUACAAACCGCAGCUCCAGAGACUGCUCUUGAAUUUAUGUGCUCAUGCUGAAACACGUACAUCUGUAGUAAAAAUAUUGAUGGAUCUGCUGAUGCUUGAUAUUAGAAAGCCUGACAAUAGUUUGAGUACCUCCGAGCCAUCAUAUAGACUCUAUGCCUGUCAGAGUCAUGUUAUGUAUUCUCGUCCUCAAUGCUUUGAUGGUGUUCCUCCAUUGGUGUCACGCCGUGUUCUAGAGACUUUGACAUAUCUGGCCAGGAACCAUACAUUUGUUGCAAAACUUUUGCUUCAGUUCAAAUUACCUUCAUUGGACUCUCAGAGUCCAAGUCAUUCUCGUGGAAAAGCCAUCAUGGGUAUUCAAGAUAGUGAAACAGAAAAGCAACAAGAGGACUUACUAGCCAUGACCAUGCUAUUGAGUCUCUUGAGUCAGCCAUUGUAUUUGAGAAGUAUUGCGCAUCUUGAGCAGUUACUAAAUUUGUUAGAUGUGAUCAUUGACAAUGCUGAAAGCAAGCAACCUGCUGCUGAACAUGGAGUAUCUGGUAAUGAAGAAUCACCUGCUGAAAUGUCCAUCUUAGAUGAUAGUAGCGUUGGUGACCCUGACACGAAUACCAAAUCAUCCAAAACUGAUGAUGCCUCCAAGCCCUCAUCUUCUGCUGGUGCUAAUCCAGAUGACGACUCACACACUAUUUUACUGAACUUGCCACAAGCAGAACUGCGCCUUCUCUGCUCAUUGCUUGCUCGUGAAAGUUUGUCCGAUAAUGCAUAUGCUCUCGUGGCGGAAGUAUUGAAGAAAUUGGUAACCAUCGCACCCCGUCACAGUCAUUUAUUCAUAACAGAGCUAGCUGGUGCUAUGAAGAACCUUACAACUUCAGCCAUGGACGAGUUACACCGAUUCAGUGAAAUUGAAAAGGCACUUAUUACUACUACUGCUUCAGAUGGAGCAGCAAUCUUAAGGGUCAUACAAGCACUGAGCUCACUUGUUGCUUCACUUUCUCAAGAGAAAGAUCAAACACUGACUGAAAACAAUCAAACCGCUACUCUUUCCCUUGUUGGUGACAUAAAUUCAGCUUUAGAACCGUUGUGGACGGAAUUGAGCACAUGUAUAAGCAAAAUUGAGAUCUAUUCUGAUACAUCACUCGAUAUAUCCGACUCAUCGAUGAUCUCCUCAAGACCCUCUGGUGCUAUGCCUCCCCUGCCAGCCGGCACUCAGAACAUCUUACCAUACAUAGAAUCUUUCUUUGUUAUGUGUGAGAAAUUGCACCCUGGAAAUUCAGCAGGCACACAAGAAUUUGGUGCAAAUACAGAUGAGGCCACUACUUCUGGACCUUCAAUAAAAGCUGAUGAAAAACACGCAGUGUUCGUGAAGUUUUCAGAAAAGCAUAGGAAGUUACUUAAUGCAUUUAUACGACAAAACCCCGGAUUGCUUGAAAAAUCAUUCUCACUUAUGCUCAAGGUUCCGAGGUUUAUUGAUUUUGACAACAAGCGGUCUCAUUUUAGAUCUAAAAUCAAGCAUCAACAUGAUCACCAUCAUAGCCCUCUAAGGAUUUCUGUAAGACGAGCAUAUAUUCUUGAAGAUUCAUAUAAUCAGUUGAGGAUGAGAUCCACACAAGAUCUGAAGGGUAGGUUGACUGUAAAUUUCCAAGGGGAAGAAGGUAUUGACGCAGGUGGGCUUACCAGGGAAUGGUAUCAGCUUUUAUCGAGGGUUAUAUUUGAUAAAGGAGCUCUGCUUUUUACAACUGUCGGCAACGAUUCAACCUUCCAGCCGAAUCCAAAUUCUGUUUAUCAGACAGAACAUCUCUCAUACUUUAAAUUUGUUGGAAGAGUUGUUGGGAAAGCACUAUUUGAUGGUCAGUUGCUUGAUGUCCAUUUCACGAGAUCUUUCUACAAGCACAUCCUUGGGGCUAAAGUGACAUAUCAUGAUAUUGAAGCGAUUGAUCCGGGUUAUUUCAAGAACUUGAAAUGGAUGCUUGAGAAUGAUAUCAGUGACAUCCUGGAUCUAACAUUUAGUAUCGAUGCUGAUGAAGAGAAGAUGAUUUUGUGUGAAAAAUCAGAGGUAACCGACUAUGAACUGAUCCCGGGAGGAAGAAAUAUUCGAGUGACAGAGGAAAACAAGCAUAAAUAUGUUAAUUUAAUUGCUGAGCAUCGGCUAACAACUGCUAUACGUCCUCAAAUAAAUGCUUUCUUAGAAGGGUUUAAUGAAUUGAUUUCACGGGAUCUGAUAUCUAUCUUUCAUGAUAAGGAAUUAGAACUGUUGAUAAGUGGGCUUCCGGAUAUUGACUUGGAUGACAUGAAGGCAAAUACGGAGUACUCUGGUUAUAGUGCUGGGUCUCCUGUUAUUCAGUGGUUUUGGGAGGUUGCUCAAGGCUUCAGUAAAGAAGAUAAGGCCCGUUUGUUGCAAUUUGUGACUGGAACCUCCAAGGUGCCUUUAGAAGGAUUCAGUGCUUUGCAAGGCAUAUCAGGGGCUCAAAAGUUUCAAAUACACAAAGCAUAUGGAAGGCCUGAUCAUUUGCCCUCAGCUCACACAUGUUUCAAUCAGUUGGAUUUACCAGAGUAUCCUUCAAAGGAGCAUCUGGAAGAGAGACUUCUGCUUGCAAUUCAUGAAGCCAACGAAGGGUUCGGUUUUGGUUAAAAGAGCCAUGAAGUUAAUGAGUGUAGAUAAAAUUUAUCAUGUCAAGCAAAAUCAUAAUCCGUUUUCAGAUUUCAGCAGGAGAGAUACAUGUGUUGAUAUACUGUACAGUUUCAGUUUGUCAAAAUUGAAUGCCUUUUGUUUUUUUUUUGGCGGUUUUCUUUGUUGCCAACUCUCUUAGAAAUCGGAUCGCUUUGCAAUUGUACAUUGGAACAGUUUAUUAGCUGUGCUUAUUAUUGCGUAUUAGCGAUUUUGCAAAUA